AUGCAACGCCACGCGAUUGGCACAUUUGAGCCGCGGUGGGCCUGUCACCGAAUCAGGCUAGUAUCAGGCAGCGACAAAAGCUUGGCGAUAUUUUAAGCCGAAUCAAGCAUACGGCAACCAAUCAGAUAUCCAAUAUUGUCCUACCGUGUGGGUCUCUAACCCAAUUGGCGGUCUGGAUCUGGCCAGGGGAUCCAAUUAUCACGUGAUAAUCUGCAUGAUAAGCAGCACUGCCAUGUUUCUUUUCUUAUGCUGUCAUCUGCGCAAUGGAUUUACCAGAUCAUUUUUCAUUUCUCUCAUCUCCCCCCUACAUCCCAAUCAAUGGAUCAUGUCUCAUCGCAUGCUCUUCUUAUCAAUACUCCUGAUUCUGACUACAUUAUCACAAUGGACAACCGCCAUCCCAGCCGUUCGCCUCCCCAAUAAACCACACAUCUUCUCCGAAACAAAACAAUACCCCUUACCCAACCUAGGCAACAUCCAAGCUCACGAUCCGAAUAUCGUCGAGCUAGAUGGCAAGUUCUACCUCUUCAAAGGCGGCGUCCACCUGCCCAUCCACAAAGCAUCUAGUCUCGACGGGCCGUGGCAGAAGAUCGGGACUGUAUUGGAUGGGCCUAGUGUGAUUGAGAAGCAGAACCGUACGAGGCCAUGGGCGCCUACGACAGUGCAGUGGAAGAACCGGUUCUAUUGCUUUUACACGAUCAGUAAGAAUGGGGUGAGGAAUAGUGCGAUAGGUGUUGCGUCGAGUGAUUCGAUUGACCAGGGCGGGUGGACGGAUCACGGGGCAGUUAUUAAUACGGACAAGGGCCCUCUUUCUGAUACCUAUCCGCUGACGGUUUCAAAUGCGAUUGAUGCAUCGUUUAUCGCGGACCAGAGCACUGGGAAACCGUAUUUGCUGUGGGGAAGUUACUGGCAGGGGAUUUUUCAGUUGCCGCUGGCGGAUGAUUUGCUGUCCGUUGAGGACGAGAGGCUGGAUGCUACACAUUUGGUGUUUCUGCCUGGGCGUAAGGUUAAGCCGCAGGAGGGGAGUUUUAUGACUUGUCGGGAGGGGUAUUAUUAUCUUUGGUUUAGUCAUGGGAAAUGUUGUGAUUUUCAUAAGGGGUUUCCUGCUAUGGGGAGGGAAUAUAGCAUUCGUGUCGGACGGUCCAAAGGCGUGAGGGGCCCGUUUGUCGAUAAGUCCGGGAAGAAGCUCUUAGACGGUGGCGGGACUACUGUCUAUGGAUCGAAUCAUGGCUUGGUGUAUGCUCCUGGGGGAAUUGGUAUUUUGCCGGAGAACAAGCAUCACCAGGAUAUCAUGUAUUAUCAUUACCGUGAGUCCCACUAUCCAAGCUUGAAGGAAACACCAACUUACUGGGAUUUUUUCUAGUAAACACAACCAUCGGUUUCCUUAACAGCGUACGUACCCCAGCUACAACCAAAUAUACCCCCCAUUAACAAUCCCAGGACGCCCAACUAGGCUGGAGCUACAUCGAAUACGACAACGGCUGGCCCAUCGCGAAAG